UUCCUUUGUUCACCUCGGUCAUUUGCAGUCCACAACUGUCUCAGUUGCAAGCCAUCAACCUUAAAAAUGGUGGCACAAGAGUCACCAGGUGUUACAGUCCCAGAAAAUGCACUCGAUGACUUAGAAGUCGAUUCAGAAAACCAGGAUGCAGAACACAGUGAUGAAACAAAAAGGCUGAAUAAUGGAGACGGUGAUUCAACUGAGGCAAAUAAAAUCAUUAAUGAUACUGUUAAUAAGGAAGACUUAGCAUGUGGAUUUCCCUGCUGGCAACCGGCAUGGCUUCAACAGAUAGCAAGCAAAAAAGCAUAUGUGAUAGUAUAUGGACUGCUUGGUAUGAGCCAGACAGCUAUUGGCACAUAUUUUGUCGGGACAAUAAGUACGAUUGAGAAGAGAUUUAAACUGCCUAGCAGUACUUCAGGAUUGAUUACAAGUUCUUGGGAUAUUGGAUCUCUAUCCACCGCAAUGGUGAUGGCUUAUUUUGGCAGUGCUGGGCAUAAAACGAGGUGGGUCGCAACAGCAGCAAUACUUGCAGCGAUGUCAUGCUACAUAAGAUACAUACCACAAUUGUUAUAUGGACCGGGUGAAACAUUGGCAGCUUACAACAAAACAACUAGCAAUAUGACCGGCAACAUGUGCAAUGAUGAAAAAGUAUUUCCUGAAAACUGCUCGCUGAAUUCAGAAGGCCUGGUGGCUACCAUCGCUCUGACAUUGGCACACAUUAUUUUUGGAAUUGGAACAUCUUCUUAUUACACACUAGGAGCUGCCUACUUGGACGACAACACCUUAAAGAACAAAUUUCCAGUACUUUUCGCCAUGGCAACAUGCAUAAGGUAUUUUGGUCCUACUUUGGGAUUUCUAACUUCUUCAUACACUUUGGCAUAUUACGUAGAUUCCGAUGUUACACCACCAUUUGGCCAAAAUGAUGCACGGUGGAUCGGUGCUUGGUACAAAGGAUGGAUUCCUCUUGGAACAGUGCAUCUAUUUUUGGCACUCAUCAUGGCAAUGUUUCCUAAAAUUCUGCCUAGGGAGGCAGAGAGAAGGGUGACAUCAGGGGCUCCAUUGCUACUGUCUAAAAAGAGCACAUCGAUCCAAGAUUUUAAAAAGACUCUUUUAAGGCUCAUAAAAAAUCCAAUUUUAAUGUUGAACACAACGAGUUCAACAUUUUAUAUUUUAGGAAUGAUGGGUUAUUUCAUUUUCUUGCCUAAAUAUAUUGAGUACCAGUUCCAUCGGACUGCUUCUAAUUCUAGCUUAAUAACAGGACUAGUCGGCCUUAUCUGUACAGCAAUCGGUGUCUUGACCUCAGGUUACAUUGUGUCAAAAUUCAAGCCCAGGGCUCGCUACCUGGCUGCUUGGAACGUCUUCACAGAAACUGUUGACAUUAUAGGCCAUGCUAUGUUCGCUUACUUAGGAUGUUAUAAAAACGACCUUGCUGGUUCCAUAAACCAGGAUGGAACGUGGAACCUAAUUGAGGAGUGCAAUGCCAACUGCAGUUGUAUGGGACGAUUGCCAUAUUCACCAGUGUGCUCUGAGGAUCAACUGACUACUUACUACUCCCCUUGCCAUGCUGGCUGUACAGAAUUUGAAAUGAUAAACAAUACAAAGACCUUUUUUAAUUGUUCCUGCAUUGGAGGAAGUGGAAUAGCAACCAGCGGUGCAUGCCCUGUGGACUGCAGCAAUCAUUUUAUCAUAUUUUUGUGCUUAUUGUGUUUUAUGAAAUUCCUUUCGGCCACUGGGCGGGCAGGAAAUACAAUAAUUCAGUUUAGAUCAGUUAAACCUGAAGAUAAAUCGAUUUCGAUUGCCUUAGCAGAAGUUGUUGUCUGUGCUCUUGCGUUUAUUCCAGCUCCAAUAAUGUAUGGAUUCUUGCUAGAUUAUUCUUGCCUUGUUUGGGGAGAGACUUGCGGAAAAACAGGCAAUUGUUGGCUCUAUGAAGGAAAGACAAUGCGAUACUUACUUAAUUUCACUGCUACAGGGUUUUUAUUUAUUGCGACUGUAUUGGACAUUGGUGUCUUGUGCAACGUUGGCUCAUUGAAGAUAUAUGAUGAAGAUGUCAACAAGGAAGAAAACAAGGACAAUAAAGAAACUGAAAUUCAUCUGCUGGAACAGAAGAAAUAAACAAGACCAUAUCGGGAAUCAAGAUUAUUCAUGUGGCAAUAAUCAAACUUUAUCAUUUUAAUAAAAUUUGCUUAUUUAAAUUUCCCUUUUUCAUCAAGGUACUGUAAAAGAAAGAAUGGUUAAAUCUAUAA